CAUAGGGGAUUUGGACAGCUUCUAUUUCUACUCAACUCCUCUUCAUUCCAUUUACCCCUUCCUCCUCCUCCUCCUCCUUCUCUUAAACUGACCCCUUCCUCUUCCAUCUCCACCUCCAUCACCACCACCACUAACACCCCCUCCUCUUCCUCCCCCACACAGGACUUGGCCAGCCUUCCACGCCUCGGGAACAAACUCGGGCGGAACCAGAUGUUGUUCGACCUUGGCUACUCCCCGGAGCUCGGCGUGGCGGACUUGAGGCGCGCGAUCGACGAAUUAGACGCGCGUUUCGACAUUGUACUCAUCUCGGAACGCAUGGACGAGUCUCUGAUCCUCCUCCGCCAUCUCCUCUGCUGGAACCUCUCCGAUAUCGUGGUGUUUACAAAGAACGCGAGACGGACUGAAGUGAAACCGGGACUGGACGCGAAGACUCUCCACGCGUUACGGGAACUGAACAGCGCGGAUGUGAUUCUUUACGAGCACUUCUUGGCGAGGCAUAAGGAAGCGGUUCAUGCCUUCGGGGAGAACAGAAUGAAGGAGGAAAUAGCAACUUUACGGGGGCUUCGGGAUGAGUUCUACGAGGAGUGUGGGCUUAGGGAGGUCAAAGGAAGGGAUAAGGAAUUGAAGUUUAAGGAAUACUCUGGUUUGGUGAGCUCGUACACGGUGAAUAACACGAACGAUACAACUUGCCUAAUACUCUCUAUGCCCGAGUUACCGUUAGUGCAGAUGACCAGAGGGAGGCAGGAGGUGAUGUUGAAGGAGGAGAAGGAGGAGGAGGAGGAGAAGAAGAAGAAGGUGGAGAGAAGAAGUAGUGGUGGAGGUGGUGAUAGUGGUGGUAGCGGUCCUGCUCCACCACCUCCUCCUCCACCUCCUCCUCCUCCUUCCUCUCGUCUUGGGAAUACCUAGUGUUUGUUGAAUCCUUUUUUUUUUCAUUUGUUUUGUUGUUUUUUUAUCAUUUUGUAUUUGUUUGUGUGUUUCUUUCUCUUUCUCUUUUUCUUCUUUCUUCUCCUUUUCCUUCUCCUCUUAUUUUCUCUUCCUUAUUUCAUUUUUAUUUUUACUUACCUCAUUUUCACUUCUCCUCAUUUUCCUUCCAUUCUCUUUCCUUCCCUUUCUUUCUCUUCUCUUCCCUUCCCUUCCCUUCCCUUCCUUUCUCUUCUCUCUUCUUUCCUUCCCUUCUCUUCCCUUCCCUUCCCUUCCCUUCCCAUCCUUUCUCUUCUCUCUUCUUUCCUUCCCUUCUCUUCCCUUGCCUUCCCUUCCCUUCUCUUCCCUUCCUUUCCCCUCCCUUCCCUUCCCUUCCCUUCCCUUCCCAUCCUUUCUCUUAUCUCUUCUUCCCUUUCUUUCCUUUCCCUUCCAUUCCCUUCCCUUCCCUUCCCUUCCCUUCCCUCUCCUUUCCUUCCUUUCUCUUCCUUUCCGUUUUAUAAUUAUUGGCAAAAAAAAAAAACCGGAAAAGAAAGUCGAGAAAUUUGACAAAAAGAAGAAGAGAGUUUGUGAUUGAAGGAGAAAUGAGCGGAAAAUAGAAUAAAGGGGAGAAAGAGAAAUGGAAGGAAAAUGAAGAGUGAGGGAGAAAAGGAAAAGGAGUGAAGGAAAAGAAGAUACAGUGAAAGGAAGAAGAGGAAGAGGAAAACAAGAAAAAAAAGAGGUAAAACGAAGAGGAAUUGAAGGAAAACAAAAAAAAAAUGAAGAGAAAUAAGGAAAAGAAAAAAAGAAUGAGUGAAUGAAAUUGAAAUAAAUCGAAAAACUGAAGGAAAGGAAAAGACGAAAAAGAAAUUAAAGAAAACAAAAAAUAAAGAAAUGAAAUGAAGAAAAUAAGAAAAAACAAGAAAACAAAGAAAGUGAAAGAUAAUUGAGUGUUUUGAAGGUGAAGAGAAAAAAAGAUAAAUGAAGGAAAAGAAGAAAAAUAAAGAUAAAAUAAGAAAACAAAAGAAAAACGAGAAAAAAUACGUGAGUUGAUGAUUGAAAGGAAAAUAAAAAAAAGGAGGAAAACAUUUAGAAAAGACUUUAUUAUCAUUUUUUUUGUGUUUGUGU